AUGUCUGAAGCAACAGAGCAGCUCGAGUUCGCUCUCCACGAAGAUCGUCAUCCCUGUGGUCUCUACACCAUUACCGAUUCCAUCAAAAUUCUCUUCAGAAACCCCAAACUAUUUAUUUCCAUCUCCAUCCUCACCAUCUUUCCUUUCUCUCUCCACAUUUUCUCAUUAUCUCUCUAUUCUCAUCCCUUGAAAGCCCAAAUCUAUCAUCUUGAAGCCAUAGCGGGGCUUUCACCAACACGAUUCGAGGCUCGAGAAAUAUGGAAGCAAAUCCGAGUCGAUACGGCCUCUCUACUCUGUAUUAAAGCUCUGUUUUGGAUCCCUUGUUAUGGUCUUUCUCUUUUUGCCAUGAUAACGUCCGUUAACUCGACGGCAUUGGCGUGUGCCGGGAAGCGGCCGAACUUACAAACGGCGGUGUCAGCCGUUCGGGUAACGUGGAAGAGCGCGUUUGUUACGUCGAUCUGCGUAUUUGUCAUAAUGGUGAUCUACGUACACUUGAUGCGUACGGUUACGACUUUGGUAGGGUGGAGCGUACAUGCCCAGUGGUUGAUGGUGGUUUUGGGAGCAGUUUUGGAGGUGGAAUUAAUGGCGGUUUUAAGUUUUGCUAUGGUGGUUUCGGUGUUGGAAGAGCGGUUUGGGUGGGAAGCUAUAAGGGUUGGGUGGGAGCUGAUGGAGGGAAGGCGGUUUUGUGGGUGGCUUUUGGCUGGUUUUCUGGUUUUGAUCUCUCGUGGUGUUGGGUGGGGCUUUAGGGUUUCAUUGGACGGUCAGGAUGAGACCAUGAUGGUAGUGAUGAUGGGGCUUGUGGAUAAAAUGGGCUUAAUUUGUUUGUUUGGGAUGAUUGUGCUUUGGAGUUACGUGGUUUAUACGGUUUUCUAUUGUGACUGUAGGGCAACCCGGCAUGCUAAUAAAGUGGAUAGUGAAUCUUCAAGGGUUUAA